CCCAAAAGAGAAGUCUACGCUGGAUUUUAUUGUUAGAAUAAUAGGUUCAGAUUGAUAGCUAGGCAAAUUGUAAUAAAUAUGACUGAGUGUUACUCUUUUUCUUUCUUAUAAUGGUGUAUACCGUUAAUUUGAUUUAUAUUAGAUAUUUUAAUUAAUGACAACGUAUGGAAUUACCACAUUUGGGUGAGCAUUGUUCAUUAGAAUCAUGCAAUCAGUUAGAUUUUCUUCCAUUUACUUGUGAUGCUUGUAGAAAAAUAUUUUGUAAAGAACACCACAAAUAUGAAACCCAUUACUGCUUAGCAGCUCAAAAUAAGGACAGGCGGGUUCCUGUAUGUCCCUUAUGCAACCAACCGAUAUCGUUGUCUUCUACUGAAUCAGUGGACCAAAAGGUGAACGAACACAUAGAGAGUUAUUGUAAAUCAGAUUUAGCCAAACAUAAGCGUUCAAAUAGAUGUAAAGUGAAAGGAUGUAAACAAAGAGAGUUGAUUCCAGUUUUGUGCUCUUCGUGCAAGCAAAACUAUUGUUUGCGUCAUCGACAUGAAAAGGAUCAUGACUGCCCUGGAAACUCUUCACGGCAUCCAUACCAAGGUGCUGCAAGUUUACUUUCUGGACAGGCAGCUCUCGCUCGUGCCAACAAGAAUCCGAAAAACACUAUAGCAACUAGACAGACUAGACCAACGACCCCUUCAAAUCGGUCACGGAACAACCAACAGCAGCGUCCUUCCCCAAGAUUAGCACCUACGCAAGCUAAAAACCAUUUACAAGCAAGGAACCUGACAGAGGACGAGGCUUUAGCACUUGCGUUACAAGCCUCUUUGGCGGAAUCCUCUUUUCCGACUGGAACACAGGCUAAACAAGAACCCGCAGCAACUGAUCGGGAAGAUGAUGAUUUAGCCUUCGCACGAGCUUUAGCCGAAUCGGAGAAAGAUGAACGAGAGAGACAACGCCGCCUCAAUGCAGAGCAAUCUCAGAAGAGUAAAGACAGCUGUUCUAUCUCCUGACAAUACGAUGGCGCUAAGAAGUUAUCUUCCAACAGAAUUACAGCUUGAUUGCCAAUUUGGUUUAAGCAUUUACGGACCGUCGACUAUUUACCGCUUGAAAUAAAUUAUCUUUCCCCUGUUAUGGAAGAAUCUUGUUCCCAAGCCACCAGAAAAUAUAAAGGGAGUGAGGAGGGGUCGUUGUAUUAUUCACUCUCAACAUGUUUCCAAGAUCUUUUUUCCUGAGUAGCUACAUACUAUAAAACUUGGUAAAAUUGUUAUAAAACAUAGCAGUUAAUGUUCAUAGUCUAAUUAUUCUAAUUUUAGAUUCAUUUUUUUCUGUUUUAAUACGUAAAAGUUUUAUAUCUUUUAUUAGGGUAGCUUUGAAUAAAACCAGUACCUGACAAGAUUGAGGACUGAGAACUAAAAUCUUCGCACAUUGUCUACCAAAAUAUGAAAGUGUCAAGGCUAGCCAAAAAAAUAUAAAAGUAGCAAGGCUAACUAAAUUAAGCACGAUAGAGUUGAGCAGGUGGAUAGUGGGGGGAUUUCUUUCAAAAGAAAUUUUGUCAUCUCUUCUCUUGAUCAAAUAGUGUUAACUCCGUUAUGUUUCGUAUACGUGGAAAUACUGGUCAACUGAAUCACACCGAAAAAAAUUAUUAUUAUCAUACAAAUUUUCGUUAAUAUAACUAGCAUUUAUUUAUUUUUUGUAACAAUUUUUGUUGUAAAUAAACUUCACAGAAUGGA